AUGAGUACCAUUCAUACUACUCUUUCUUUUCUCUUGUUUUUCAUAUUUAAUUAUCAUGACGUGUUCGCGAUUCCUACGACUUACUUGUGUCGUCCAGAACAAAGGAAUGCACUUCUCGAGUUCAAGAACGAGUUUGAGAUUCGAAACUCUUCUUCUCUCUAUUGUUCUAAUAAUAGAGGAAGCAAAGUAAGCUUUUAUUCAAAGACAGAGUCUUGGAAAAAUAACACGAACUGUUGUUAUUGGGAUGGUAUCACAUGCGAUGCCAAGACCGGGAAAGUUGUAGAGCUAGACCUCAGUUGCAGCCGCCUCCAUGGCAGGUUUCAUUCGAAUUCUUUUCAAAAUCUUGGCUCCCUUACCAUUUUAGACCUUUCAUCUAAUGGUUUAUAUGGUCAAAUAUUUUUUUCUGUCCGAAAACUUUCAAAUCUUACCUCUCUAAAACUUUCUAAUAAUCAGUUUUCGGGUCAGAUUCCAUCUUCAGUUGGAAAACUUUCUCAUCUUACUUCUCUCACUAUUUCUAAUAAUCAGUUUUCGGGUCAGAUUCCAUAUUCAGUUGGAAACCUUUCUCAUCUCACUUCUCUCACUAUUUCUAAUAAUCAGUUUUCGGGUCAGAUUCCAGAUUCAAUUGGAAACCUUUCCCGUCUUGUGAAUCUUAGUUUAUCUGGUAACAAUUUCGCUGGUGAAAUCCCAUCUACUUUUGGCAGUUUGUACCAGUUAGCCUCCUUACGUGUUAAUUUCAAUAAUUUUAGUGGUAACUUUCCUAUUACACUAUUAAAUUUGACAAAACUGUCAUAUUUAUCACUCUCCAACAAUAAGUUCACAGGAACUCUUCCUCCAAACAUGACUUCACUCUCCAACUUGGAGUAUUUUGACGUAGAUAACAACGCUUUCGUUGGAACCUUUCCUUCUUUGACAAAUCUUUCCAGCAACAGUUUCACGGGUAUGGAAAGAUCAAUCAAACAUGGAUUAUCCUCUGACCUCCGGACUUUAGAUAUUUCCAGCAACAAAAUCACCGUUUAUUGGAAAUACUCGGAUUUUCUUAAAUAUCUCAGUUAA